UUUGCUGAUAAUAUCCCCAUCAUUGUAGGUCCUCUUUCUUCAGUGUGGAAAGAAUGGGUUAAGUGGUGUAUUGAGUUUGGUAUUGAGCCCAAUUCAAUAAUUGCAGUCCCAUAUGACUGGAGAUUGUCACCAUCAAAACUUGAAGAGCGUGACCUUUAUUUUCAUAAACUAAAGAUUACUUUUGAAACUGCUCUUAAGCUGCGUGGUGGCCCUUCAAUUGUUUUCGCUCACUCAUUGGGUAACAAUGUCUUCAGAUACUUUCUGGAGUGGCUGAAAUUAGAAAUUGCCCCCAAAAUGUACAUCAAGUGGUUAGAUGAACAUAUUCAUGCCUACUUUGCUGUUGGAGCUCCUCUUCUUGGUGCAACUGAGACAGUCAAAGCAACACUAUCUGGAUUCACAUCCGGGCUUCCUGUCUCCGAGGGAACAGCUCGAUUGAUGUUCAAUUCAUUUGGCUCUUCAGUAUGGAUGUUGCCAUUUUCAAAACAUUGUAGAACAGAUAAUGUAUACUGGAAGCAUUUCUCUGAUGGUAACAGAAAAGGUCAUCAUGCAUAUCAUUGUGAUGAGUAUGAGUUUCAAACAAACUACUCUGGAUGGCCAACAAAUAUUAUUAAUAUUGAAAUUCCUUCAUCCCGAGGAGAUGAAGCUUACCCUUCGUUUAUAGACGUAGCACAGGCGAACAUGUCUGGAAUGGACUGUGGAUUCCCAACUCAGUUAUCCUUUUCUGCCCGUGAAGUGUCAGAUGGAACCUUCUUCAAAACUAUAGCUGAAUAUGAUCCUGAUAGUCAAAGGCUCUUGUACCAACUAGAAGAGUCAUACCAUGGUGAUCCAGUUCUAAAUCCUCUAACACCUUGGGAAAGACCACCUCUUAAGAACAUUUUUUGUAUAUAUGGGCUAGAUUCAAAAACUGAGGUUGGCUACUAUUUUGCACCAAGUGGGAAGCCUUAUCCUGAUAACUGGAUCAUAACUGACGUCAUUUAUGAGUUUGAAGGAUCUUUAUAUUCCAGGUCUGGGAAUCUGGUUGAAGGAAACCCUGGUGCUGCAAGUGGGGAUGGGACGGUACCAUACCAUUCUCUCUCCUGGUGCAAGAAUUGGCUAGGACCAAAAGUGAACCUAACAAGGGCUCCUCAGUCUGAACACGAUGGAUCAGAUGUCCAAGUGCAUUUAAAUGUCGAACAUGAGAAUGAAAUGGAUAUCAUUCCCAACAUGACAAGGUCAGCUAGAGUGAAGUAUAUAACCUAUUAUGAAGACUCUGAAAGUCUUCCAGGAAAGAGGACGGCAGUUUGGGAGCUUGAUAAAGCCAACCACAGAAAUAUUGUGAGAUCUCCAGUUUUAAUGCGGGAACUGUGGCUCGAGAUGUGGCAUGAUAUUCAUCCUGAUAAAAAAUUUAAAUUUGUGACGAAAGGUAAGCGUGGACCUCUGAGGGAUGAGGACUGCUAUUGGGAUUAUGGAAAAGCUCGGUGUGCAUGGCCUGAGCAUUGCGAAUACAGAUAUGUUUUUGGAGAUGUCCACUUAGGGCAGAGCUGCAGACUAAAGAAUUCAACAGCUGAUCUCUUGUCGCAUUAUGUAUAAACUACAAGUCAUCCUCCUCUCUCACAAGAAACACUGGAAUACACUUUUGAUGCUGACUGCCUCCACAGUUGGUGAGCACAUAGGGUGUUGCUUUUGCCCAAAGUUCCAGAGCGAUGACAUGUUCCAGUAUAUGUUGUUUUAGGCAGAAUUGAAAUUAUAUUGUAAAUUUGAGAAAGUAGCACUUCUGGCAGCGUUUAUGAGUACUUGGAAGUCCUUUGACAUCCAAGGGAUAGAAGAAUUUUGUAGGAUUAUAGUAUCAGAACAAUCUAAUGCCACAUUUAAGUUCUAUUUACAUGGAUCACACGAUAGUUCUGAAAAGGCAUGGAAGUAUAUUGCAUAUUUAAGGUGUCACUCUCUUCGAUGUUUACUGUUAAGUUUGAUCACAUAUUCUUCA